GGCCGCCGUCGGAGGCUCGCGAGUUGACAGGGCGCUCCGGUUGCGAGGCUAGGGACUGUCUCCAGACGGCGUCAUUUUCUGCUGUCCUCAGAGAGGGUUGGCCGAGGAGGAGUUCCGAAGCCCCCAAGAGUUUACAAACGCUUAUUCCUCAGAAUGGCAUCCUGGUUAUAUGAAUGUCUUUGUGAAGCUGAACUUGCACAGUAUUAUCCUCAUUUUAUUGCGCUUGGUCUUCAGAAAGUAGAUGAAUUAGCCAAGGUUACAAUGAAGGACUACUCCAAAUUAGGAGUCCAUGACAUGAACGACCGCAAACGUCUCUUCCAACUUAUUAAAAUCCUUAAGAUUAUUCAGGAGGAAGAUAAAGGAAUCAGUAGUCUAGAGCAUCAUCCUCAGACAAGCAGCCAGUACCCCAAGCCUCCGGAAUUCAGAUCUGGUCCUCGCAGACAACUGCAUUUUGAUUCUCCUGCUGACAGCCAAGAUAAAACUGCUGCCAAUGAAAUGUACAAUUUAUUAGAUUUUUCUGUAAAUGAGCAGACGUCUACUUACCUAAAAACACUGGAACACAUGCUACCAGAUGAUUCCCAGUGCCAUACAAAAACAAAGAACCUGAAUACCUCAGCUUCUGCUGCUUGUCUUCAAACAGAAACUAUCACUUCACUCUUUUCAUCAAAUCACUUCUCUCCCAAACUAGGAAAUGGUGAUAUUCCCACUAUUCAGAGAGUCUCUCAUGUUUCGGGGUAUAACUAUGGAAUCCCUCAUUCUUGUGUCAGACAGAACACCUCCGAGAAUCCUUGGACGGAGAUGGAGAAAAUCAGAGUUUGUGUUCGAAAACGGCCUCUAGGUGUAAGGGAGGUACGUCGUGGAGAAAUCAAUAUUAUUACUGUAGAAGACAAAGAAACUCUACUUGUGCAUGAAAAAAAAGAAGCAGUUGACCUCACACAAUAUAUUCUUCAGCACGUUUUUUAUUUUGAUGAAGUUUUUGGCGAAGCAUGUAGUAAUCGAGAUGUGUACCUGAAGACUACUCAUCCACUCAUUCAGCAUAUUUUCAACGGGGGCAAUGCUACUUGCUUUGCAUAUGGACAAACAGGCGCUGGGAAAACCUAUACCAUGAUAGGAACUCAUCAGAACCCAGGAUUGUAUGCUCUAGCUGCCAAAGAUAUUUUCAGGCAACUAGAAGUGUCCCAGCCAAGAAAGAACCUCUUUGUGUGGAUCAGCUUCUAUGAAAUCUACUGUGGACAACUUUAUGACCUUCUAAAUAGAAGAAAAAGGCUCUUUGCAAGAGAGGAUAGCAAGCAUGUGGUACGGAUAGUAGGACUCCGAGAGCUCCAGGUGGAUAGUGUGGAGCUCCUCUUACAGGUGAUUUUAAAGGGCAGCAAGGAGCGCAGCACUGGGGCCACUGGAGUUAAUGCAGACUCCUCCCGGUCCCAUGCUAUCAUCCAAAUUCAGAUCAAAGAUUCAGCCAAAAGGACAUUUGGCAGGAUCUCGUUUAUUGACCUGGCUGGCAGUGAAAGAGCCACAGAUGCCAGGGACUCAGACAGACAGACAAAGAUGGAAGGUGCAGAAAUAAACCAGAGUCUUUUGGCUCUUAAGGAGUGUAUCCGAGCACUGGACCAGGAGCAUACUCAUACUCCCUUCAGGCAAAGUAAAUUAACCCAGGUCUUGAAGGACUCUUUCAUUGGCAAUGCUAAAACUUGUAUGAUUGCCAACAUCUCACCAAGCCAUGUGGCAACUGAACACACGCUGAAUACCUUGCGCUAUGCUGACCGGGUCAAAGAACUAAAGAAAGGCAUUAAGUGUUGCACUUCAGCUCCCAGUCGAAAUCGGACUUCUGGAAACUCCUCUCCAAAACGAAUUCAGAGCUCUCCAGCUGCCCUGUCAGGGGACAAAUGUUCUCCAAAAAAAGUUAAGCUGGGGCUUCAGCAAUCACUCACUGUGGCUCCUGGCUCAACAAGAGGGAAGGCCCACCCUCUGGCCUGUCACUCACCCAACAUCCCUUUUACCUCUGCACCUAAAACACCCGGUAAAAGGGGUGGCUCCAGAGGAAGUCCUUUACAAGAGUGUGCCAUGAAGGCUAGCCCUGUCAAAGAAACCAUGCGGUCUGGACAUUUGCCCAAAAAGAGUUCAGAAGAGUCAGUACCAUUGUGUCCUGAGAAAAAUCAAAUUGGCAACAAGACUGACCUUGGGUGGGUAAGUGGGGCCUCAGGCCCAGGAGAAGGCCUGAUGCAUGGCAAAGUACCUGCCAAGUAUAAAAAGGUUCAGACUGUACAACCAGUACAGAAGCAGCUGGUGUCCCGAGUGGGACUGUCCUUUGGCAAUAGCCUCCACUUAGCAGAGAACCAUCAGGUCAGCAAGGUAGGUACAGCUGCCAAGCUUGUUUCCGAAGCAUGGACAAACAUCCCUCUUCAUCAGAAGGAGAGAGAAGAGCAUUUGCGCUUUUAUCACCAGCAGUUCCAGCAACCACCUCUCUUCCAACAGAAGUUAAAAUAUCAACCACUAGAGAGAUUUUUAUGCCAACACAGGCCCCCUGAGAGUCAGCUCCAAAAUGAGACUGUCCCUCCCUCCCACCCUGCCUCUGAGAACCAUGGCGGGGCACAAGCGCAAGUGGAAGACCUUGACGACAGUGAUUUUAGUGAAGAUUCUUUUUCACAUUUUUCCAGUCACAGGACCACAAAGCGGAGGAGCACCCUGGAGAAGAGUGAAAGUUCAUUCUUUCUUCAUCAGAAUGGGGCAUCAGGUCCCGAAGAGCAGGUGGCACAAAGGCGGCAGUGUUUGCUUUUUAACUCCAGGACAGAUGGUGAUGAGAAGGAUCCAGCUGAAAGCUGGGUAUGUUCUGAGGGCCACAUGACAAGCCACAGAAGAGCAACAGUCAAUCAGAGCCACAGCCCAAGUGAGAUGUGCUUGGGCUGGAGCAAAGAGGAGGGCUCUGCCUCCUCAGUGCUUUCUCCUAGAGACAACCUGGAAGAGAAGCCUUCCUGCUCACAGGUAGACUUCAUGUACCACCAAAGAAGAGCCUUUGUCACACAAGAGGCCUUCAGAACUGAGGUUCCUGGACAGGCAGAAGGCAACUUGCUUUCCUCAGGAUGUGGCUUGUCUGCCUCACUAUCACACUCUGUAGUUUCCAGAGCUCCAGACCAAAGAGAUACAGUCCCCACACCACUGAAAGAAAUUAGUAAAGACAGCCCAACUCAGGUGCUAAAAACUGUGAAAAAUAGUACUCCUUUCCAGGAAGACUCUGGAGAGCAGUUAGGCACAUGCCCUGAAAAUGCUUCUGGACUUAUGGCUCCUCUCACUGUGUCCCUCUUAGAUACUCAAGAUGAACAGGACCCUUUUCCCUUGGAACAGCUGGCCCAGGAUGGAGCUGUGCAUGGUCUUAUGGCUGAGACCAUAGAAGAGCCAACUGUGGGCCACACGGUAUCUUAUGAUCAAGAGACAGCCUUGCCAGCAUCUUCAGCACCUGAGCACAUGUGGCUGUCCUCAUCUCCUCCUGAUAAUCAGCCUUGCUGUGAUCUACCAGCUCUGUCCCCAUCACCCAUUCAUCAGAACCCACCCAAAACACUGUCCAGCAGGGAGGCUGACUUGGGCAAGGCCUUCCAGAGCAGAAAGCCUGCACCUUUCCCCCAGAAAAAUAUGAACAGUGAGCAGUAUGAUUCAGAUGCUGUGGAGACUAGGCUAGGUGGUUCCUGGGCUUUCUCAGGAAAGCUCUCCACCUUAUGUACUAGGGAAUCUCAUUCAGGACCUUUCUUCACCUCACAUGCAGGAAGUAGUAAUAUAGCUGCCCAUCCCUGGGCACAGGAGACAAAAGAUCCUACAGGACUCAAUUGGCAAGAGCUUGGUUUGUCUACAGAACCCAUCAAGUUGCCCUGCUACAAUGGGGACAUUGCAUGCCUCAAAUGUGGGCCAAUCUCAAGGUGUUUAGCAUCACCAGACACUCCUCUGACCUCAAGCUACUCUUCUAAGACCUCAGAAACACUCUGUCCACCCACGCUGGAGCAGGCACAACAGAUGGUCAUCCGUGCACACCAGGAACAGCUGGAAGAAAUGGCCGAGUUGGGCUUCAAAGAAGAAGCUCUCAGAAGCCAACUGGCUUCUAAUGAUUUUGAAGAUUUUGUGACCCAGCUGGAUGAAAUCAUGGCUCUGAAAUCCAAGUGCAUUCAGAGUCUGAGAAGCCAGCUGCAGCUAUACCUCACCUGCCACAGGCCCACUGCAGGCAGCCCUUGAGAGAAAGGGUGUCUUAGGGAAAGCCUUACACUGGACAGACUGUUCUAGACUGUCUGGGGCUAGAAGAGGCUCCUGCCAGGUCCUCUGGGCACAUACUCCCUGUCCUGCCUUACCCCAGCCAGACAUGACCUAGGAUGGGCCUCAGAUACUCCUUCAAGAACAGGCUUCUCUCUCUCUCUCUCUCUCCAGCUUCAAGUUCUGGAGAAUCUGUAAAGAGAGAAGGGUCAAGCUGAGGAUCUUUAUGUCUACUCCUUUUCCUUGGGGUUUGAAAAGCAUUUCCUUUCCUGAGCCUGUGUCUGUAGGAAUACAUUUGGAUAUAAUUAACUCUGGAAUGUCCCUGAGCUUGAGGAUCCUCAGAGGAUGGCCAGUGAUAACCUGCAAGCCAGAGGUCACAAAUUAGGGAAGACAACAUAUUGACUUCUGUGCCUUUGUCUUCAAAGACUAACUGGUGCUUGGUGGGCAGCAGUGGGGUGAGUUCUCCCCACCACUAGAUCUUGGAAAUUUAAUUCUGGAAAAUAAAAUAAAUAAACCUUA